GGAGGCGCUAAGUGCCUGCGCUGAGGUGAAGUUACGCGGCAGUUUUCUCCGCUGGCUUUGCAGCUUAGUGGGGCGCAGCGCGGGCCCAGGCGAUGGUGGAAGGCCCGGGUUGUACUCUAAAUGGAGAGAAGAUUCGGGCGCGCGUGCGCCCGGGCCAGGCGGUGACUGACGUGCGGGGCCGCGAGCUGCAGGGCCUAGGGGGGUGCGGCUCGUCGCCGGCCGCCUCCGGGCCUGUGGGCUCCUCACAGGCUGCUGCACUGAAUAAUAAUAAAAAUUCCCGUCAGGAUUUCUUGAGACUGUUUAAUGGACAUGUUUACAAUGGUGUGGAAACUUUGGGGAAGGAACUCUUCAUGUACUUUGGGCCAAAAGCUUUACGGAUUCAUUUUGGAAUGAAAGGCUCGCUUGUGAUUAAUCCACUUGAGUCUAAAAAUAAGAAUGGAGUUUCUCCUGUUUUUGAAGUACAGCUCACCAAAGAUCUGAUUUGUUUCUUUGACUCAUCAGUGGAAAUCAGAAACUCAACAGAAAGCCAACAGAGAAUAAGAGUGAUGGAAGAAUUAGAUGUAUGUUCACCUAGAUUUAGUUUCUCCAGAGCAGAAAGUGAAGUGAAAAAGCAGAAAGGACGGAUGCUAUGUGACGUGUUAAUGGAUCAGAAAGUGUUGCCUGGGGUGGGAAACAUCAUCAAAAAUGAAGCUCUCUUUGACAGUGGUCUCCAUCCCUCUGUCAAAGUUUGUCAGUUAACAGAUGAACAGAUCCAUCACCUUGUGCAAAUGAUACGUGAUUUCAGCAUUCUUUUUUACAGGUGCUGCAAAGUGGGAUCUGCUCUCUCUAAAUACUAUAAGGUUUACAAGCGUCCAAACUGUGGUCAGUGUUGCUGCAAAAUAACUGUGUGUCGCUUAGGGGAGAAUAACAGAAUGACAUAUUUCUGUCCUCACUGUCAGAAGGAAAAUCCUCAGCAUGUUGACAUAUGGACUGGGAAAGAUGGAUGGAAAAGAAGAGAUAAAUCAAGUUUUGGAUAUGUGCACCAGAUCCAUGUAUGCAUGCUGCCAGUUAGAAACACUGCAGUCAGUUGGCCUUGUAGCAGAGAGGGUCAUCUUACGGAGUGUGUGGCCCAGACAUCUGAAGAGCAGUGGACAUGCGAGGUCUGUACUCUAAUAAAUAAGCCAUCUUCUAAGACAUGUGAUGCUUGCCUGACUUCAAGGCCUGCAGAUUCAGUACUCAAGAAUAAAGGAAAUCCUAUUGUCUUUAACAACUUAGUGAAAUACCCUUGUAAUAGCUUUGCAAAACCGAAGGCAAAAGUGAAGAUCAACAGGAAGACUGCAUUUGGAACCACAACUCUUGUUUUGACGGAUUUCAGCAAUAGGUCCAGUGCUUUGGAAAGAGAAGAAAGCCAAAAUCAUUUACCAGAUGGGGAGUUUCCAAGCCCUCCUCCUAACAUGUGUGGUAGUGAUACACUGAACACCUCCAAGGAGAGAACAAACUGUGGAAGUCAACCAUCUAACAAAGUAAAUAUAUCACCUGUAGUCUGCUCUCAGUAUAAAUUAUUUAGUCCAGCACAUAAAAAAUUAAAAACAACCCACUACUCAUCACCGGAUCUUAAAAGUUGCAACCCUGGAUUUUCUAACAGCUACAGUGUUCAUCUUGUGGACAAGAUGCUGAGCAGAAGCUCACAACAUAAUAGGAUUAAAGCAGGUGGUCCACUCAGAGAAGUGAUAGCCAGUUCAUUUUUUCUUUAAUUAUUAUAUGGUAAUUAAUUUGCUUUUUGUUCUCUUAAUUACUGAUCUCAUCACCACAUGAUACAUGCUAUGUUGACAGGGCAUAUUUUCAGAUUGGUCUUUAGACAGACUUGAAUUGAAUCCAGCUACUGGAUUAUAAAUUAGAUAGUUGAACCAAUUUUUAAGCAGUUAAGAAUGACUGUUAGACAGUUUUAAGUCUUUGAUCCAAUUAUUGUAAAUACAGAGCAAAACACAGUGAUACCACUUCAAAGAAAUCAUACAUGUGUUUUAGGUUGAAGUUUUCCCUGAGCUGAUACAAAGGCUCAUGUAGAUGAGAGAAAUGAAAUAAAAUCAGUCUGCUGCCAUCAGGGUUGCCAAAUUCUACCUCUAAUCACCAGUGAAGCACUGACACCUUGUACAUGCUUCUGGGUCACCUUUUGGGGUUUUCAGUCCCCAAGAAUGUCAGAGCCAGCUGGGACCAUCCAGGAUGAGUCAUUUAACCUCUGUUUGUUGUGAUCCUUGAAAUACUACUGAACUAUAAAAUAUACAUUUUGUGAGACUGAUUAAUUAAAAAAAAAUCAGAUAAUAUUUUUUUAUAAUCACCUGAUCUGUGUAAGUUAAACCAUGAUAAAUUGGUCAUUGAAAAAAAUACCCACUUUAAAAUUAAAAACCUGUGCUUGGUAAUGUUCUCCUUCUUGAUAAUAGCUUUUGUCUGAUCUCUGUUUAAUAUUAUUUGAACAGUGCUUAUUGAACAUGUUCAGUGUUUAUUAUUAAGUAUUUAUUGAGAACCUAUUGUGCAUUAUAAGCAUUACUCUUGAUUCUAAUGACUUUUACCUCAGUAAACUAUAGCGAGCAGGGCUAAAGUCAGCCCACCCCCAGUUUUAAUAGAUACAGUUUUAUGGAGACAAUCCCGUUUCCGGUUGGUUUACUCUGGCUACUUUUCAUGAUAAAACAGCAGACUUGAGUAUUUUUCAACAGAAACCAAAAAACCCAUGAGCCUAAAAGUAUGUCCCUUCUGAAAAAAUUCACCAACCCUGAUCUAUUAUAUUGGCCAUUUAUGCCGUGCUUAGUCUUAGAGCUGUGUCCGACUCUUUGUGACCAUGUGGACUGUAGCUCUCCAGUUUCCUCUGUCCUUGGGCAUUCUCAAGGUAAGAAUAAUGGAGAGGGUUGCCAUGCCCUCCUCCACUGACCAUUUGUAAUCCAAUAUUAAUAUUUAAGAUAACAAUCCUAGUUAUCAAAAUAAGUUAAACUAUUCCAUAUGCUUUUUACCCAAGAAAAUGCUUUGCUACAUUAUUGAAAGUUUUUAAAGUAAUGAUGGAAACAAAGAGGAACCAAAAUGUCCUCAGUUAAUCAGAACAUUUAAUUGUCUCUUUAAACCAAAAUGUCCUCCAUUAAUCAGAACAUUUAAUUAUUCUGGGUAGUGUUUGUUAUCAUGAAAUGAAGAUUGGCUGUGUGUCUUUGGAGCCUGUGUGUUCUUGGCUACAGUAACUCAGUACUCUUGACACGUACUGCGGGAAUGUAUAUUCAGUCUCUGGGGUUCUGGGUCUGCCAGAGAUCUGGAGUAGAGGCAGAUGAUUCUGAGGAGCUGCCCGGUAAUCCUGACGCUUCUGGUCAAUGGGCCGCACUCGGAGGGCCGGAAUAAGAUAGCAUAUGGAGUUUUUUAAUUUAUCUUUGUACUAAGGAAGAAAGGGAAUGGAAGACAGAAAUGAGGAACUUACAAGAGACACUGGAGUCUUUCCUUCCUAUCUUGAUCCUGUCUUCCAAAAAAGCUUUACUAAUAAGGGAAUCUAAACCUCUCCCUGGAUUUGUGAAGCUGGAGAUUUCUAGGUUGAAGCAAGUGGGUUCAAAAAUGUUUGAUUGUUAAUCCCAGCCUUCCAAAUAAUAAAAUUAUGUUUGCAUGUGUGUACUUUUUUAAAGAAAGCAUCCAUUUAUUUCCUUCUCUUAAGAUUUUUAACUUUAUUUCUCCUCCUCUAAAUUUUUUGUAAGCGUUGUUUAUUACCCUCUUGCUUUGAUUUUGAAAUCACUCAACUUCUCUACAACUAUCCAAAUAUUUAGCUUCUCUUGGAGUUAACAUUUUAAUAUUUACUCUUUGGGAGGCACUGAUGAAACCAAAGGAGAUGAAAAAGAGAAGUCUUUUGCCCUUCACCUACUUUAUUUCUGGUUAGUGUUCCCUGUGAUUCUAAAUUAUAAGCCACCAUCCCCCACACUGAAAGUGCUACCAACAAAACACCUGCUGGAGGAAUAUUUAAUAAGAACAGUUUCUUCACAAUGGCCACAGCUGCUUUCAUCUUAUAGACGCUGCUGCACAAACAGCUUCAGAAACUACCCUCAGGAUGUUUGAGUCCAUUUAAAGCAGUAUAGUUAAAUGUCUUUUAUAAACAAGUGUAGACCAACUUCAUCACAAAUAAAAGGUCCCUUGUAUGUCAAUUAUAUCUCAAUUGAAACUGGAAAAAAUAUCUCAUACUCUGAACAUUUCUUUUUAUCAUUCUGAACAUUUUGAUUAGAUAUGAUGCCUUUAGAUAUUAUAGGAAUGAGUAUAUGAAGCAUAUAGUUUAGGAUUUAUAAGUAUUUUUUUAAAAAAUCACUUGAGAAUGGUAUUUUGUUCUUCAGAAAUUAACAAAAGAAAUAAAGAACUUUAUCAUUUAAAAAUUAAAAAUUGGGCUAUUAGGGGAAGGGCUUCUGGUUUUAAUAAGGGCCCUUUUUCUCUUCAAUUGGUUUAUUAAAAAGACUAUUAUAAAGCCAUUAUUAAAAAUAUGCAAAGUAUAAAAAUUAAAUCAUGAAGCUAAUUUUUGAAGAGAAAAUUCCACAUACAGUGGAAGGCCAGCUUCUGACCUUUAUACACUGUAUGCAGGGAUAACCUCCAGCCGCUCUUGAUCUAAUCAUGGGGAAGAAUAAAGCUUCCUCGCUAGCUUUACACAAUACAUGUUUCUGCUCUGGUGGCAGCCUGCUGAAAUAUGAUUGCAACUAUUAUGUAGCCUUGAUCAAAGCAAAGCAUAGAAAAUUAUCUUUAGAGUGGGCAGUAGAAAAAGUGAUCUCUUUGGCCUUGUCAGAGCCAUUGAUGACAGUCUGCUACCCAUGAGAAAAUAAUUAGAGAAGAUUGUGACUUGUUCGUUUGGGGGUCAAGGGGCUGUUGGACUUGAGAAUAUUUUAGGGGAAAUAAAAGUGGCCACCCAGUCAUGUUGGGUAAGAAAAGAACCAAAUGACACAAAUGAAAACUAAGAAGAUUGGAUGUGCAAGUCAGCUGUUUUUAUUCUUGAGAAACUUAAAUUACACGUUUAAUUUAAAUUAAAUUUACAUAAGUAGGUACCUUCAUAAGUAAAUUAGAAUUACCUGGGAAAACCAAGAAUUAGAAUGACGCAGGAGUGUGUGUAAUUACGUGAAGGUGACCACAGCCCCUUUUUGGCACCACUUCUGUGUACAGGCGGGAUUCUGAUGUGGACGGGAGGUGGUGUGAGUGAUCCCUUUUAGCACUGUCGUGCUGCAGUUACUUUGUAACUUGU